UUGCAUGGAAACAAUAGAAAACUAACCGCUUCAAAAUCUUUUGAAACUGUCAGCAAACAAAACCAAUAACAUAAGACAAAGAUCUUGCAGUUACCAAAUGAAAAUCAUUAGAUUUGUUUUUAGUCACAAACAAAACUUCAUUAUUUCCUCUUCUAUGCUCUCUUCAUGGCUUUGAAUUUCAUGCUUCUUCAACCAAGGAUUCUUCUUCUACUGACCCUUCUUGUGUUUUCUGUUUGUUUUUUAUUACCAAAAUGCCAUUCUCAAACCACUUCACCUCAAAACAUUGAAACUUUCUAUCCUAAUGAAACUUCAGCUCCACCACCGGCGGCCACGCAGAGGCCUGAGGCUCCGAAAGAGCCUCAAACCUCGCUGCAGCCGCCGGUGGCUGCACCUAGAAGAAGUAGUAAUUCAUCAUCAAGUGGUAAGGUGGCUAAAGCUGUAGCUGCAACUGCUGCAACCACCAUAGUUGUUUGUGGUUUUCUCUUCUUUUUAGUCCACAUGUGCUUAAAGGCAAGAAAGAGAGAGGAGGUAACAACCAAUAACAAUGCUCCGGCGGUGGCGCCUCAAGGGAACGCGUUCGAGAAAAUCGAAGGGAAUGUGAAGGGACUAAUUGUUGAUGAGGAUGGUUUGGAUGUGAUUUAUUGGAGAAAGCUUGAAGGGAAAAGAUCCAAGAAGGAUCUUCAUAAGGAGAUUCUCAGAAACAAAGAAGAAGAAGAAGAAAAUAAUGUCAAGAAAUCUAAAUCCAUUCAAGAAACCCCUCUUCUCAGAGGAAAAUCUUCAACCUCACACAUGAACAUAGUUCCAGAAGUGGAUGAGCCAUAUCAGAUGACAAGAAUUCCCUCUCAAAAUCAAUCAUUCAUCCCUCCUCCUCCUCCUCCUCCAAUUCCAGCAAGAAAAUCAUCAUCAAAGAAAACACCACCUACUCCUACUGAAAUGGUAGUUACCUCCACCAGCAAGAGGAUGAACUCUUUGGGAAAAGGUGCAGUGGAAUCAGGCACUGAGAAUGUGAAGCUGAAGCCUUUGCAUUGGGAUAAGGUGAAUACUAAUGCUGAUCACUCCAUGGUUUGGGACAAUGUUGAUCGCGGUUCAUUCAGGGUUGAUCAAGAUCUUAUGGUGGCUCUCUUCGGCUAUGUUGCAGCAAACCGGAGAUCUCCUAAGGGAAAGAAUCCGAGCAACGAUAAGGCAGCAGGGUCGACGAGAAUUUUCCUUCUAGACUCAAGAAAAUCACAGAACAUUGCUAUUGUUGUGAAAUCUCUGGCAAUCUCGCGAGACGAAAUCAUUGAUGCAAUGAUUGAUGGUAGAGGGCUUAAUGCAGAUAGCCUUGAGAAGCUUGUUAGAAUUGCUCCAACACAGGAGGAGCAAUCUCUUAUCAUAGAAUACAAAGGAGACCCUGCAAUUCUUGCUUCAGCUGAAUCAUUCCUCUUUCACAUCCUUAAAUCCGUUCCUUCGGCCUUUAAGCGCUUGAAUGCCAUGCUGUUCAGGUUGAACUACAGUUCUGAGAUUCUAGAAAUCAAGGAGUCUCUGCAGGUUCUUGAACUGGGGUGUAAAGAGCUUAGGAGCCAGAGAAUCUUUGUGAAGCUUCUAGAAGCAGUGCUUAAGGCCGGAAAUCGCAUGAAUGCAGGGACAGCCAGAGGUAAUGCUCAAGCUUUCGAUUUGGCUUCUCUGAGGAAACUCUCUGAUGUCAAAAGCACAGAUGGAAAAACCACAUUGCUUCAUUUUGUGGUGGAAGAAGUAGUCCGGUCCGAAGGCAAGCGCAUUGCUCUUAACAGCUUCGAAAUCAAUGAGAAGAAUGCAGGUUCAGAUGAACAAAGAGAAAGGGAAUAUAUAACAUUAGGAUUACCAAUUGUAGGAGGGAUUAGUUCUGAGUUUUCUAAUGUCAAGAAAGCAGCAGUUAUAGACUACAACACAUUAGUUGCUUCAAUCUCUGCCGUCUCCACGCGAAUCAUCGAAAUUCAAGAACUAGUUUCCCAAUGUGGGAAUGGGGAAGGAGGCUAUUUUGCCAAAGAGAUGGAUAAUUUUGUUCAGAACUCUAAGGAGGAAUUGAAAUUUGUGAGGGAGGAGCAAGCAAGGGUAAUGCAGGCUAUCAAGAGAACAAGAGAAUACUAUCAAGGAGGAGCUUCAAGAGAGAGUGCAGAACAAAGUCUAAAAUUGUUUGUGAUUGUGAAGGAUUUCAUGGGGAUGGUUGAUCAAGCUUGCAUCGAGAUUGCGCGAAAUAUGCAGAAGAGGAAGACACACAAGGCAGCUUCUUAUGGCUAGUUCAUGAUCCUACCAAAUUGGUCUAACUGAUUCAAAAUAUGCUGCUGAGUGCUGAGGAGGCUAAAAACAGUUCUGAAUGAUUGGAGUUUUGUUGUUUCAUUCAAAAUUCUUUAAUGGCAGCACACAAAUUAUGAUGGCAUCAUAAGAGAGAUUUGGGUAAAAUGUUUGCUAUUCAAUGCUACACUGAAACCAUGUUUAUGGGGUUGGUACCAUUUUUUUCCAGUGUUAAAUGUCAAUUAUGAAGAGUUAGUUAUUAUUGCCAUUGAGCAA